CAGGGGAGUUUUGUUGGAAGUUGCAAAGUCCUGGAGCCUCCAGAGGGCUGUCGGCGCAGUAGCAGCGAGCAGCAGCGGCCGCGCGCUCCUGCGAGGGGCAGACGAGGGCGAGAGAGCGCGGGGCAGCGGGAGGAGCGAGGCCGAGCUCGCGGACCGAGCGGGAGCCCGAGCCUGAGCCCAGCCGACCGCCUUCUCCGCCGCCCAGCCCAGCCGCCGGCAUGGAGCACCAGCUCCUGUGCUGCGAGGUGGAGACCAUCCGCCGCGCGUACCCCGAUGCCAACCUUCUCAACGACCGGGUGCUGCAGGCCAUGCUCAAGGCCGAAGAGACCUGCGCACCCUCGGUGUCCUACUUCAAGUGCGUGCAGAAGGAGAUACUGCCGUCCAUGCGCAAGAUCGUGGCCACCUGGAUGCUGGAGGUCUGCGAGGAGCAGAAGUGCGAGGAGGAGGUCUUCCCGCUGGCCAUGAACUAUCUGGACCGCUUCCUGUCCCUGGAGCCGGUGAAGAAGAGCCGCCUGCAGCUGCUGGGGGCCACCUGCAUGUUCGUGGCCUCCAAGAUGAAGGAGACCAUCCCCCUGACGGCCGAGAAGCUGUGCAUCUACACAGACAACUCCAUCCGACCCGACGAGCUGCUGCACAUGGAGCUGCUUCUGGUGAACAAGCUCAAGUGGAACCUGGCUGCCAUGACCCCCCACGAUUUCAUCGAACACUUCCUGUCCAAGAUGCCCGUGGCCCAGGAGAACAAGCAGAUUAUCCGAAAACACGCCCAGACCUUCGUGGCGCUCUGUGCCACAGAUGUGAAGUUCAUUUCCAACCCACCCUCCAUGGUGGCCGCCGGGAGCGUGGUAGCUGCGGUGCAGGGUCUGCAUCUGGGAAGUACCAGCGGCUUCCUCUCCUACCACCGCCUCACGCGGUUCCUCUCCAAAGUGAUCAAGUGUGACCCGGACUGCCUCCGGGCCUGCCAGGAGCAGAUCGAGGCCCUGCUGGAGUCCAGCCUGCGCCAGGCCCAGCAACAGAGCCUGGACCCCAAGGCUGCGGAGGAGGAAGAGGAGGAAGAGGAGGUGGACCUGGCCUGCACCCCCACCGACGUGCGGGACGUGAACAUUUGAGGGCGCCAGGAGGGCGCCACCCACCGCCACCACCGGCGAGCGGAGCAGCGGCCAGCAUCCGCCAGGGCAGAGGGCACCUCUCCCUGGGAGGAGCCGCCCGGUGGUCCCCCGAUGGCAUCGCGCUUCUCUGGGACAUUACGCUACAGAAGGAAAUCUUCGUUCUCUUUUUUUUUUUUUUUUUUUUUUUAAUCGGUUUUUUUUUUCCUUUGCUCUUUCUCCUUGCCGUCUAUGACUUAAGCAAAAGAAAAAAAAAUUACCCCCAAAACUGUCUUAUAAAAAAGAGAGAGAGAGGAAGAGAGGGAGUAGGUAUUUGGAUCACCCUGAGUGGGGGAGGGGGCUGUGCUGCAACCAUAGAGAAUUUUCCACCCCAAUAAUCAACUAGUUUUUAUAUUAAUGGCUUUAUGUCUGUGUUAAUGAGAAUAGGCGUUAACACAAAGUGUCUCCAGGGAAGAUUAGAUUUGAUUCUUUAUGUGUUUAAAAAAGCAAAAAACAAAAAAAGCAUAAAAAUGUGAAAAAAAAACAAUUUGAGAAAAAGCCAACAAACCAUUUUUAAAAUAGAAGAGGGUUUUAGGUAGAAACCUCCGUAUUGUGCUUUUUCUGAACAGCAUAGCUUUCACGCAGUUCUAGGCCUUUAUCUCGCUUGCUUGUGCAUGUAGUCACUUUAAAAGUCAUUUGUACGUGUUUAUUUUAUUUCUUAGGUAGACGUGUAACCUCUUCACCUUAUCAGUGAUUGCUGGACCCCUCGGUUAGCAUAGUAGUGUUCAGCUCAUGCCCGUGACGCCUGUGGGCCGACAAGGGUGCCAGCGUGCGCUAUCGGGAAAGGCCGACUUCGACUCCUCCGAUACGCUACUAUUGAGAGAAAACAAAAUAGUGACAUAAUAUAUUCUAUUUUUAUAAUCUUCAUAUUUUUGUAGUUAACCUGUUUAUGAAACGCUGGUUUUUUGUUUUGUUUUGUUUUGUUUUUGUUUUCUUCACCCAACAGACUUGUAGUCUGCUCACAGCCAGGUUAAAUCCACAGCUACUACGUUUGGGUCUUUGUGUUCGUUUUCCUUCCCCAAUAUUCUAAAACCAUUCCAUUUCAGAGCACUUUCAGUCCAGUAGUUAUGGGAGCAUCUGUGUGUAUUUUGUCUGCGGGGAAGGGGGGCGAUUUUUUAAUGGAAUGGUUUGGGGAUAUUCAUGGACUGGUGUGCAAACAGGAUUGGAGAGCAAGUGCGUGUCGCUAGGGUGUUCGUGGAAGGGGGUGUUUUUGAAGGCUACGUUUCGGUCAAGAGAGAGAACAAGAAUUGCAUCUUCACGUUGCUGGGAUACGUUCCUUUCCUUUUCUGUAGAAAAGUUGAAGUUUAGACAUCCUUUGGCGUUCCUUUCCUUUUCUGUAGAGAAGUUGAAGUUUAGACAUCCUUUGGUGCCAACUGGUGUUUGAAAGUAGGGGCCUUAAAGGUUAACCUAGAGAACACGUAGUUUAAGGAUUAUCUUUUAGCUGUUUUAGGAGCCCUGGUGGCACAGUGGUGAAAGCGCUCGGCUGCUAACCGAAAGGUCGGUGGUUCGAACCCACCAGCCGCUCCGCGGGAGAAAGAUGUGGCAGUCUGCUCCCGUAAAGAUGACAGCCUUGGAAACCCUAUGGGGCAGUUCUACUCUGUCCUGCAGGGUCGCUGUGAGUCGGGAUCGACUCAACGGCAGUGGGAUUGGUCUGUUUUUUGUUUUUUGGGUUUUUUUUUUUUUUCUUAGAUGUUUUACAACUGAAGGUUUUUAAACACUAAAAUAUAUAAUUUAUAGUUAAGGCUAAAAAGAAUAUUUAUUGCAGAGGAUGUUCGCAAGGCCAGUAUGAUUUAUAAAGUAAUGCAAUCUCCCUUUGAUUUAAAACACACACACACACACACACACAAACACAAACCUUUCUGCCUUGGAUGUUGCAGACUCGACCCAGUUUGUAAAAGGUAGGUCCUUUUCAGAGACAAGACAAAGAGAAGGUAGGUAGUGAUUCGGCCGGUUUGGCGUUUCUUUCUGAGUGGUGGGACAUGAGAUAUCAGUUAGGUGGGAAAUUAGUGCACUUGAAACAGGUUCGGUUCCGAGAUACUCUGACCCCAGCCCCCUCCUUUUCUAAGCGAGUUCAGCAACCACAGACCAUUUGCACAUCUCGGUGACAUACCUUGUUGUCAUGAUUGUGUAGGAAGUGUUGAAGGGAGGUGGCGGGAGCGUUGAGGCUGAUGCUUGGACAGAGGAUAUGAGGGGGACGCCGUGGGGGCCACGCCGCUGGCGGGCGGCGGCUCCGCGUUCUUACCGCGCUGCUGUUGGUGACUUCCCAGCGUGGUCUGGAAACAUUCACGUCGCUUCUGUGUCUCUCACGUCGUUUUGCUGCUAUUGGAGGAUCAGUUCGUUUUACAAUGUCAUAUACUGCCAUGUGCUAGGGUUUUAAUUUUCUCAUAGAAAAUUGUAUUACGGAUGACAUUUUUUUUGUAGUUUUUUUUUUUUUUUUUA